AAUAUUCCCGAUCCCACCCGUGACCUAAUUCCUUCUCUCGCGUUUUCUUCGCAGCGUGUGGGCGGUGGCGGCUUGCAGUCUUCUUCUUCCGGGCACUAUCUCGGGCAAGUAAGGUUCCAUUUCUCUCCCUCUCUUCUCCAGCUUUCCGGCCGCACCGCUCUUGCGCUGCCUUGUCGUGGAGGCUGAUCUUUCACAGCCGGCUUCUCCAUCCCUUCCGAAGACGAUCUCGCAGGGCGAGAACAAAAAACCGCAGCAAACAAACGCGUGCCCUAGCAUAGCCCUUCACGAGCCAUCGCCGCGACCUCUCCCUCUCUUUGCGAGCUCUCCCUCUCCCUCAGUCGGCCCUAGCACGCGAGAAGUCGCGAGCUCUCCCUCUCCCUCUCUUCGCGAUCUCCUGUCGCGAUCCUCUCCCUCUCCUCGCCAUCUCCUGCAGCGAGCCCUAGCAGAGGUCGGCGUGAGCCAUCUCCUACCGCGAGCCCUAGCAGAGGUCGGCGUGAGCCAUCUCCUACCGCGAGCCCUAGCAGAGGUUGGCGCGAGCCAUCUCCUGUCGCGAGCCGAACCCGGGAACCAAAUCGCUUCUCUCGCCCAAGCUCAGACGCUUGGAUAAUCCUUCUCCGAUCAACCAAAUUGACUCACUAGCUGGAUCACUAAACCAGUGAUUGACUCACUAGCUGGAUCACUAAACCAGUGAUUUGAAGCUUGUCCAGGUGGGAAAAGGUUUAAACAGGCAGAGCCCAGUCAACACAAGGAAGGAUGGGGUGGAAGGCAGCUGAGAAGUUAUUCAGGCACUGGAAGAUCCUCAGAGGCGACAACGUCAUGAUCAUAAGAGGCAAGGAUAAGUGUGAGACAGGUAUCAUCAAACGUGUCAUUAGAUCUCAGAACAGAGUCAUUGUUGAAGGGAAAAAUUUGGUGAAGAAACACAUCAAACAAGGGCAAGGACACGAGGGUGGAAUCUUUUCAAUUGAAGCCCCCCUUCAUGUUUCCAAUGUCCAGGUUCUUGACCCAGUUACUAGGAAGCCAUGUAAGACCGGGUAUAAAUAUCUGGAAGACGGAACUAAAGUACGGGUCUCUAGAGGACUUGCUACAUCUGGAGCUGUAAUUCCUCGUCCUGAAAUACUAAAAGAAAGGCGAAAACCAAGACCUAGCUUUGUUGGUCCCAAGGAUACACCAGUUGAACUAGUACUCGAAAAGACAUACGAUGCUAAAGCUGGAAUUGGCAUGCCUGAUCUCUAGAAGUCCUCGAUAAGGGAAAAUCAUUCUCUCAUCUGCAUUAUCAUCGAGGAAGUUCAGAUCGUGCUUAAUUUGGCGACAUAUGUUUCUUGUUCAAAUAUGCACCGUGACUUUGAUUUGUUUAGGUUCAACUCUUGCAUAAUAAAUGUCAACGCUAUUACUUAAUUUUGCUAGCACAGCUGUGCUGUUAGUUAGAAUUUCACGACUAAGUGAUGCCUAUUGAAACACUUUCAAGUGUAAACUGAAAUCGUGUUGCAUUACUUGUUCUCGAUGAACACUUGACUAUGGUUAGAUGAAAGUGCCAAGAACCUGAUGGUUUAUUUAGUCU